UCAUCUCCUCUGCCACAUGUCCAGUCAUCUCCUCUGCCGCAUGUCCAGUCAUCUCCUCUGCCACAUGUCCAGUCAUCUCCUCUGCCGCAUGUCCAGUCAUCUCCUCUGCCGCAUGUCCAGUCAUCUCCUCUGCCACAUGUCCAGUCAUCACCUCUGCC